GGUCACUCAGGCUGAUUAAUCGAUCACCGAUCCUCGCCAGCCCGAGCUGUAACCGCAGCUACACAACAAGCCGCACGGGUCACACGUUAGUUUGCUCGGACGAGUUUGCAACCAGCGGAUGCUAUGGCCGACAAAGAGGAUAUAUUCCUCAGGGCAAAACGUCGGACGUUCAGCGGACUGACUGAAGAUGCACAGGGCGAGUGGACCGGGCCGUUUUGCUUCAUCCAAGCCGCAGACCCCCAGCUCGGCCUGAUGAAAGCCUGGAGGGACGGAGACUGCGACGGCGGGGGGGACGAAUGGGCCGAGGAAGUGGAGCUCACCAAACAGGCCGUGGAGGCCGUGAACCAGCUCAGGCCGAGGCCGAGGUUCAUGGUGCUGUGCGGUGACCUCGUCCACGCUAUGCCAGACACGCCAUUCAGAGAAGGUCAAGAGCGAGACCUGAAGGCAGCCUUGAAGGGGACGGAUCCCUCCAUCCCUCUGGUGUUUGUCAGUGGGAACCAUGACCUGGGUAACACGCCCACCCCCGCCACUGUGGAACACUACUGCAGUGCAUGGGGAGAUGACUAUUUCAGCUUCUGGGUGGGUGGAGUUCUCUGCCUGGUUCUGAACUCCCAGCUGUUCUACGACGCCUCAGCUUGUCCUCAGCUGAAGGAGGCUCAGGAGACCUGGCUGGAGUUGCAGCUGAGCAGGGCCUCCUCGUCCUCGCCAACGGAGCCCAAACCCAAACAUGUCUUGGUGUUCCAGCACAUUCCUCUGUACCUAAAGAGCCCCGAUGAAGCCGACGACUACUUCAACCUGCAGAGGAUAGUCAGAGAAAACCUGCUGGACAGGUUCAAGAAAGCAGGGGUGAAGGCCGUCUUCUCCGGCCAUUAUCACCGAAACGCCGGCGGCUGCCACGGCGGCCUGGACAUGGUGGUGAGCUCAGCCAUCGGCUGCCAGCUCGGCGAGGACACCCACGGCGUCAGGGUGGUGGUGGUGACCGCCGACAGCGUCGUCCACCGCUACCACAGCCUGGAGCAGCUGCGAGCGCGAGGGAUGGACGAGGACCUGAAGAAGCUCCUGCAGGCCUGAAGGCCAGUCCGAGGAAUUCCAGAGAUGUUUAUCUGUGUAUUUUGUUAUUGAUUUGCUUUGGUUGUACAUAUUUCUGAGCCCUUCCAGAGCUUCCAGGAGAUCAGUGCGUUCGUCAACUCGAGAGUUGGGUGUCUUCAGUUGACCGGAGGACUGAUCUUAAAGUGAAAAUAAAACAAUAGGCCCCGUUCAGACCUUGCAUUGACGUACGUCCUGGACAGUCGGAUCACGAGUAGCCAGUUUAUUCAUUGACGACAAUCUCCGACUACAUUUGGCUCAAUGUGUGUGUGUUUACAGUGAGACAAAGAGACUUCACAGCUUCUUCCAAAAUAUGCGUUAUCUCUAAGUCCUCAUGACAUGACACAAACACACACGACAAACAGCUGUUAAUUGUCCUGCUACAAAUGUAGAGAUUCAUUAAAGACGUCAGCUGUGAAAAUAUUCUGCUGCUCCCUAAUAAUAUCUGCGUUUAUUUACUCUCAGAGCACGAAACUGAGACCGGAUCUCAAGUUUUGACUGAGGACGCACACAGAGACAUAUUUUGAUGCCAGGUCUGAACAGGGCCACAGGGUUAUACUAAGGCAAGACACAAGCAGUCACUUAAAGCCUAUCAAAAUUAGACUACACGCCAGCCACAAGUUAUAAAGUUGGACUUCCGAAGAUAUUAAAUUUGGUUUAUGUCGUCCAUACUGAAUGUUUGAAGCGUCUCUCGGAGGAUUGGAUGUAAUCUCUGCUCCUGCUGCCCUGAAAGGCUGCGCAGAGAUCAGCGAAUGUAUUUUAACGCCAGUGUUUGUUUUGUGGAGAAGCACAGAUACUGUAUAUCUGAAGUAGCAUUACACCCUCUGUCUUCCUGUGCAGUGCAGACGUAGCCCGUGCAACUUAAAUCCAAAGUGUUCCACCGUUAAAGGAAGGUUCCGUCUGAAUCUCACUCAGAGCAGCUCCUGGGGGGGUAGAACGAGAGGCGUUUUGUUGCUUGUUGGGGCAGUUAUCUUCAAAAGACCAAAUAACAGCGUGGUGCAAGGCUUGAUUUUUAAAUUACCUUCACACAUGUUCUUUGAAGGCCUCAUGGGAGAUGUAGGAAGGUAUAAAGAAACCUUUGCAGCUCUCUGUCUGUCAGUGUAUCAAUAGUGAAAGGUUGGAACGUUCCAUUAAUGAUCCUAAAUUGUGUAGCUAUUUCUACUGUGUUUGUUGUUGCUACAGUCUAAUGCCUCGUUGGCCAUCCUAUGCAAGCUACUCACAUCAACAUGUUGUGUGUGUUUUUAUGUUUAAUGUUGUUUUACUGACCUCUGUUCUGUAUAUAGACGCCGGCCUUGCAGGUAAAAGAUGCGACUAAUACUAAUGAGAUUUUUUUUUGUUUUUUUUUUACUUGUCCGGCAUGUGAACUGUUUUAGAGAGCUUUUGAAUGUAUGUUGACUUAAAAAAUUAUGCUUAAUUCUACUACGUACUAAUUCUUACAAAAAUGACAUCUUCUUUUUGGACUGAACCUAGUUUAAAAAUAUAUAUAUUUUUCUUACAAUUUCAGCCCUGGUUGAUAAAAAGAACACUAAUGAUUUUUGAUAACCCCUUACAACUUAUACACUGCCAUUAUUGUGGCUCCUUCACAAUAAAAGCUAUGCCAGCUAUACACUUGGAAUGUGAAGCAGCAGCAGCAGCAGCAGCAGCAGGAGGCCUUGAAUCAGCAUGAAAGUACUUUAAAACAAAAUUAAAUGGGACCAGAAACACUAUCAGUUAUGGAUUUAAUGACGAUGUCAAGAUUGAAAUUGCAUCAGAUCACCAUUAAAAAGACUCAAGUACAACAUCCAUUUGGUAGCUCCUGGUGGAAUUCUUAUUAAAACAGAAAUAAAAAAAAAAAAA